AUGAAGCCGCGGCGGAAUGCUUGGCACAAAUUCAGCGGUAGCAGGCAGCGGCGGGCGGUGGCGCGGGUCCCUCGGCCGAUACGACGUCAGACGUAUGUCCCGUGCGAGCAUGGCGUAGCUCACGAACGUCUGUUCGCAGAUUAUUUUGCCGAGAAUCCCCGGUGGGGCCCGAAUGUUUUUCACCGCCGUUUUAGAAUGAGCCGAGAUCUUUUGCUCCGCAUUGUGCAGACGUUGGAGGGACGUGAUGAAUACUUCCAGUAUCGGGAAGACGACAUCGGUAGACCCGGACUUACGCCGUUGCAGAAGUGCACGGUUGCGAUCCGGCAGUUGGCCUACGACACCACAGCGGAUAUGUUCGACGAGUACCUUCACGCCGGGGAUACAACUGGCCGCGAAUGUCUUAAGAAAUUUUGUAAGAUAGUUGUGGAGGCUUUUGGCGACACAUAUUUGCGACGCCCGACUGCUGAUGAUUGCCAGAGGCUGAUGAGGAUGCACGAGACGGUGCACGGCUUCCCUGGGAUGCUAGGGAGCAUCGACUGUAUGCACUGGCAGUGGAAGAACUGUCCGACGGCGUGGAGAGGCCAAUUUACAAGCGGCUACAAGGGCAGCCACCCUAUGAUGAUUCUGGAAGCCGUCGCCGACCACCGCCCUCGGAUCUGA